CGCGGACGCCAAAGUGGGCGAACCGAGCCUGAGCUGGCUGAUUCCGAGUCCGAACCUCGCGCGGUAAUCUCUGUCUGGUCGCCGCUCCGGCCCUGCCCUGCCCAGCCCGGCCCGUCCUGCCCGCCGCCAUGGCCCAAGCUGAUAUUGCACUGAUUGGACUGGCUGUCAUGGGCCAAAACCUCAUUUUAAACAUGAAUGACCAUGGCUUUGUGGUGUGUGCUUUUAACAGAACGGUCUCCAAAGUUGAUGACUUCUUGGCCAAUGAGGCAAAGGGGACCAAGGUGGUUGGAGCUCACUCCCUGGAGGAAAUGGUCUCCAAACUGAAGAAACCACGUCGGAUCAUCCUGCUUGUCAAGGCCGGCCAGGCUGUGGAUGAUUUCAUUGUGAAACUGGUGCCCCUAUUGGAAGCUGGUGACAUUAUCAUUGAUGGGGGGAAUUCAGAGUACAGAGAUACCACAAGGCGCUGCCAAGACCUCAAGGCCAAAGGCAUCUUGUUUGUGGGAAGUGGUGUGAGUGGUGGAGAGGAUGGAGCCCGCUACGGGCCGUCUCUCAUGCCCGGAGGGAACAAAGAAGCCUGGCCCCAUAUCAAGACCAUCUUCCAAAGCAUCGCUGCCAAAGUGGGCACUGGGGAACCCUGCUGUGAUUGGGUGGGAGAAGAAGGUGCCGGUCACUUUGUCAAGAUGGUGCACAAUGGGAUAGAAUAUGGAGACAUGCAGCUGAUCUGUGAGGCCUACCACCUGAUGAAGGACAUCCUGGGCAUGGAGCACGAGGAGAUGGCCAAGGUCUUUGAUGAAUGGAAUAAGACAGAGCUGGACUCCUUCCUGAUUGAAAUCACAGCCAACAUCCUUAAGUUCCAAGAUAGUGAUGGCCAGCACCUCCUGCCAAAGAUCAGGGAUAGCGCCGGCCAGAAGGGCACUGGGAAAUGGACGGCCAUCUCUGCGCUGGAGUAUGGGAUCCCUGUGACCCUUAUCGGAGAAGCUGUCUUUGCCAGAUGUCUGUCAUCCUUGAAGGAUGAGCGUGUCCAGGCCAGCAAGAAGUUGGCAGGCCCCCCAAAAACUAAGUUUGAGGGUGACAAGAAAUCAUUCCUGGAAGACAUUCGAAAGGCCCUCUACGCCUCCAAGAUCAUCUCUUACACCCAGGGCUUUAUGCUUCUGCGUCAGGCAGCCAAGGAGUUCGGCUGGACGCUCAAUUACGGUGGGAUCGCCCUCAUGUGGAGGGGCGGCUGCAUCAUCCGCAGCGUCUUCCUGGGGAAGAUAAAAGACGCCUUUGACCGGAACCCUCAGCUCCAAAACCUGCUCCUGGACGACUUCUUCAAGACCGCAGUGCAGAACAGCCAGGACUCCUGGCGGCGGGCGAUCAGCACGGGCGUGCAGGCUGGCAUCCCCAUGCCCUGCUUCACCACUGCGCUUUCCUUCUAUGAUGGGUACAGGCAUGAGAUGCUUCCCGCCAACCUGAUCCAGGCUCAGAGAGAUUACUUCGGGGCUCACACCUAUGAACUCUUAGCCAAGCCAGGACACUUCAUCCACACCAACUGGACGGGCCACGGGGGCAGCGUGUCUUCCUCAUCCUACAACGCCUAAGCACGCUGCAGACUCCGCAGACCCGGCACGUUCUGUUGCCCUCCUCAGCUUGCGCUGCGUCUCUUCCUGUCCCAGGCUCUGAAAAUCCUCCCGUAGGGUCUGCCCGGCGGCCCUAGGGAGACCCCUCCUGUGCCCUCUGCCCUUGCUUUCUUAGAACUUCUAGAAACUGAUCGUGGGAACAGCGGCUCUGCCCGGCGGCCUGCCCCGGCAGCGGGGCAUCGAGGCAGGGAACAGGCUCCCGGAGGGCGGCAGCUUGUCCGUCAUGGCUGGGCUCUCUGGGGGGACGCGUCCAAACUGGAGUCCCGGUCUCUCCGGCACGGGAGAGUGAUCCCCGUUUUACCUUUUAAUAAAAGCACCAUCCUAUUUA